AUGCCUCGCAGACGACUAUGGGCCUUCACCUCUCUUUUCUUCCUCCUCGCCCCAGCGCUCGCCGCCGAGGUCCACGCCGACUUCUCCUUCUAUCCCGUCGGCGCCCAGAGCUGUCUCAGCCAAGCUGCCACAACGUCAAAAUGCGACGGCAACACCGUCAUGGACCUCAACACUUGUCUGUGUGGCAAUUGGGGAAACUUUGUGAUUCUGGCGGCCAUAUGCAUUGGCAAGAACGACAAGGCGGAUGCGGUGCCGGUGUAUAAGACGAUGGUCUCUGCGUGUGCGGAUUCCAAUACGCCGCUGAACGUGGCUCCGAAUGUCUUCUACGGAGCUGUCAAUGGCCAGGUCACGACGACGACCUCGGCGGCAACAACAAUGACGACGUCGACGACGACGACGAGCGCGACGACCACGGCGACGACAACCAGUGCAACUUCGACAAGCACGAGCACCGCGGCGCCCGUCAGUGAGAACCUGUCGACGGGCGCGACAAUCGGCAUCGCACUCGGCGCGUCGUUUGGCGGUGUGGGCGCCAUCGCAGGGCUCGUCUACUACCUGCUCCGCCGCUCCAAGAACCAAGGCGAGGAGUACAACCCCAUGCUACUGCCCAAUUCCAACGAGGAAGCCCGCUUCAGCAGCCAGCCGCCACUAUCCGAACCGACGCCGUCGCCGGGCAUCGCGAGCACCUUCUCCGAGGCGAAGCGGGCGUCGUGGGUGUCGCCGCUGCAGAGCCCCGACCCGUACCGGUACUCAGCGGCGACGUGGGAUGCGACGCAGGGCGCGUACAAGGGGCCGUAUGCGCCUCCGGAGGGCGCCGUGGAGUUGCCGCCUCAGACGGCGAGUGUUGCGAGUAGUACGUCGGGCAUGGUGUUUGAGAUGGAUGCUACAACGUCGCAGCAGUCGUCGGGGCCGGUUGAGAUACAGGGGGAUGUGCCCUUUACAGACCACGGGAGGAGGUGA